UGGAAAAUCAUACAAGAAAGGCAUAAGGUUUUUGAUGUUAUUUAACCCGGAUAUAAUAUUGAUAUCCGUUUUUGACUUCGUUCUUUAUAAAACCACCUGCAUGGAAAAAGGAAAUUAUGAAUGAGGAAGAUACACCAAGCUCACCGAGCUGUAACCGUAAUCCUUCACCACCUCCACAUUUACAAGAACAGAUUGAAUCAUUAGAGGCAGACAGGAUUGGCAACACGACCUUCAGUAAACACUGGCUCUUCACUACUUUGAUGAAAUUGAUUGAGGAAGUAGAGAAGGAAGAUCAGUCAGAGUUUGGUGUGGAUGUGGAUGAGGAAUUGCAGAAUGAACUCUGUAAACUCUGGGACAUGUCAAUGAAUACAGAUGUAGCUAAGUUUUUAGAAAAAUUCAAAGCAGUUGAUAUUUUAACUGGUGUAAUACAACGGUCCAAGGCACCACGUGUAACUGAAAUAUGUGUUGGUAUCCUUGGAAAUAUGGCAUGUGAUUCAGAUAUAUGUGAAAGUUUAUCAAAGAACCAACAACUUCUAAAAAUGGUUUUACUUCUGUUAGAAGGAAGAGACCCACCAACUUUGGUUGAAACAACAAGGUUAAUGUUUACUUGUUUAUCAUGUAAUCAGGCUAAGUCCAGUUGGUUAGAGGUCAUUAACAGUUCAGAUAGUCUCCAUGAUCACAUCAUUUUCAUUCUGCAGAGUUCAACAAAUGUUGAUUUAUUAAAGAACACAGGAGAAUUUGUAGAUGUAUUGUUAGAUUUACAGGAAGAUAUGUGUGAAAAUUGGGCUACAGCAGAAUUUGUACAGGCUCUAUUAGAGGCUAUAAAACAGAUUGGAUUGAGUCACAGUCAACAAUUAGAAAUCUACUUCCGUAUUUUACAGUUAUUGUCAACAACUGAUACUGGAGCAGAAGUACUAGUGUCAUGUGCUGAUGCUGUAGAAAAACCAUUGGUAAAGUAUCUGAACACAGUGUGUGAUGAUGAGAUUGUUGGCAUUGAAAAUAAGGAAUCUUGUAUAGCAUCAGCACUCUCAGUAUUAAACAUACUGUUCUCUGCCAAUGACGAAACAUCAAACAGACUCAUAAAAGAUGAAAAAUUAAUAAGAGUGUUUGUAAAAAUAUUGGAACCAUUGUAUCCCUGGCUACAAGACAUUAAAAAGUCAACAACUAACAAAUUAGAAAAGAAAAGUUUAUUAUGUGAGGAAAGUGGUAAUGUGGAAAAGACAGAUUUAAAAUGUAGAAACAAAGAUAAUGAGUCUGGAACUGAAAAAGAAUCUCGAUGUAAUAGUGAAAUUUUAGAGGGAUUAAAACAACGAGAUGACAAAGAAUUUCAGCAUUUAGAGAUUUUAUACCAUAUUGUUGAGGGAUUUGUUUAUGAUUAUAUGUUUACUCUACAGAUGAUUAUAGAUAGUGAUAGUGAAAAUGAUAGUGAAGAAGAAACACAAAAGACAGAUGUAACCAAGUUUUUGUCAUAUCUCAAUGAUUCUUGUAGUAGAUGUCGAAUUAACUAUCUUGUUCUGACAAUGAAAGAGUCCAUUAAUGAAGCAUUUAACCCAACAGAACUUUUAACAAAUCUAGCAGCUGAACACAAAAAAGAACGAUUAGCAAGGAUUACUGCUGAUGCACUAGCAGGCCGAAACUUGGACAGAUCAGACUCAAAUACAGACAGUCAAAAUAAUACAUAGUUAUACUAUUACUGCAAGAAUCAAAUUAAUUAUUAAUAAAGGUUAGAAAGAA